AUGGCAUACAACCCAACGGCACUUGGGCAAUCAGCGGAUCCCCUCAUCCAUGAUGUCUCGGGCGAGGUCUGGCACCCUCUGUGGCAGCAAGAUUGCGCCUUCGGACCCGACGUCUUUGAGGAUGUCAUGAUGAAUCUGGUCAAGAACCCAAACAUCAACUCGUCAUGGCUCUUCCGUGCCGACAUCCUUCAUGAUUCCGACCCAACCUGGAUACCCUCCUCUCCUCCCCUUGCAUCAGACUCACCCGGAGAAGAUGCCGCCGCCGCACAAGAUGUGCAGCUGCAGCAGCAGCGGCAGCAGCAGCGGCCUGUCCCUGUCGUGUUCAGGGAUUUUCACAACGACCGUGUUCUCGUGCGUAGGCUGAUCCCGCGCAACACUCGCCGGGACGAUCCCUUGGAGCAGACGUGCGUCUUCGCCUCAUGUACCCCAGAUGCCACCAAGACCAGGUCCCUGGUCGUCUACCUCCCCCACGCUUCCUCCCCCGACGACCUCCCCUUCUACCACCCAAAGGUCCGGGGUGUCGCGCAUCUUCACGAGUGGGACGCUGCGCGUGCCGUGGGGACCGUCUCCAUCCACUACCUGUUCUACAGCGAGACAGACUUCGCCGUCGACAAGCUGGUGCGCACCGCCCGCAUGCUGCUGCAGGCCCUCUGGAAGCACGGCCAGGGGCGCGUUCAAGGCUACACCAAGCGAGUGCACCAUGACGUUGUCAUCCCCCAGGCGCGCUUCCAGAACCGCUACGCAGAGCUCAAGCUCAAGUAUGCGAAAGACUUGGUGGAGAACUGGGCCGAGACCACUGACCCUUCAAAACACGUCUUUGAGGAUCUAGGCAUCGCUGCUUUUCUGAUCGAGCUCUGGGCAGACAUGUACAAGGACCAGCCGUUCCCCGGCUUCGUCGACAUUGGCUGCGGCAAUGGCCUCCUGGUCUAUCUUUUGAUUAAAGAGGGCUACUCCGGCUGGGGGUUCGACGCCAGAGCGAGAAAGUCCUGGGCCAAGUACAAUUCCGUCCAGAACGGGCGGGAUUCUCUCCAAGCGUUGGUCCUCCUCCCUGACAUCGUCUCCAGGCCAUCGUACGCCGACGGCCAGGGGCCUGUUCUGGACAUGGCAAAGGUGCACAACGGCGCAUUCCCCAAGGGCACCUUCAUCGUCUCGAACCACGCGGAUGAGCUGACGCCGUGGACGCCCAUCCUCGCGACGCUCUCUGAUAGCCCCUUCAUCAUGAUCCCCUGCUGUAGCCACGCGCUCGGCGGCCAAAAGUACCGACCCUCGCCCCCGCGAGACAAGACAAAGUCGCAGUCGACUUAUGCCUCCCUGGUCGACUGGGCGGCGCAGAUUGCCGAAGAUUGCGGCUGGACCGUUGAGACGGAAAUGCUGCGCAUCCCGAGCACGCGAAACACGGCCAUGCUGGGGCGGACGCGGACGCGGGAUGUCGAGGAGGUCAAUGUAGACGGUGUCUUGGCCAAGUAUGGCGGUACGGAGGGAUACUUUGAAAGCGCAGCAAAGUUGACAAAGUCGGAAAAGGGGCACUAG